AUGGCUGACGUUGAAAUUCCGGUGCAGGCUGAAGGACAAGAGUUGCUAUCAUUGAUAUUGAGUGCAGCUGAUGCCGCGAAAAUCUAUUCCGGAGAUGAGGCUCUAUUAAAUCGUCUGUACCACGAUGUUAUAGAGGAAAAAAACAAAAGCCAUCCAGACCAGAGCGCAUCAGCUUGUACGCCGACCGCUGCACCUAUUCCUUGUUCUACUCUUCCCCCUGCAUUUCCUCAUCCACUUGAAGAAGAAGAUGAAGCUAUCAGUGGUCCUGCUCCACCUGGAGUAGAAAAGGCAGAUGAGGAAGAUAAGUUUUUGUGGCCUACACAAAUGGUUUUUCUGCUAUUGUCUAAAUUCGAAGAGUAUAGGCCACAAUUUGAUGCGGGGGAGAAAACCCAUAAGUCAUUGUGGUUACAAAUUGCAGAAGAUAUUAAAAAGCUAACUGGAUCUACCCUUUACCAUAGUCAACUUCAGUCAAAGCUAAAUGGCCUCAAAAACCGAUACAAAAUAAUAUUGGCGAGGAAGGGUAGAUCUGAUAGUGGCACUAUUAGAUGGCCGUACCUAGAGCGGAUGGAAGAAUUAUUUGGUCGCUGCGCAUGGGCCAAUCCCAAGGCCACUGCUGACGAAAGGGGCCCCAUUCAGCCAGAACCCAUUGCCAAAAAAAUGAAGAAAACAGAUGUCACUGCCCUAGAAAAAUUAAAAUUACGGAAAGAGAAAGAGGAUCGAAGUAGAGCCAGAGAAGAAAAACGUAUGCAGGCACUGCAGGAAUUGAUGGAAAUGAAGGAAAGGCACCAUAAAGAAAAAAUGGAUGCUCUAAAGAAGAUAGGCGAAGCUUUGGCAGGGCGUAAAUUAUUUGAAGAUGAAAACUAG